CUGGAGCCAAAGCCACUGGUGCCCAUUGAGCUGCCACGCUCUGUGCCUGGGUGCCAGGCCCCUUUCCCCUGCAACCAUGAACCAAGCCUUCUGGAAAACUUACAAGUCCAAAGUGCUCCAGACACUGAGUGGAGAGCCUGAAGAGGACCUGGCAGAGGAGAGGGAGAGCCCAGCAUUGGUGGAGUCUGAGACGGCAGAACCCACGGAGGAGACGUUCAACCCCAUGUCACAGCUGGCCCGCAGGGUUCAGGGGGUUGGAGUGAAAGGCUGGCUGACAAUGUCAUCUCUGUUUAACAAAGAAGAUGAGGACAAACUGCUGCCACCAGAGCCCUGUGCUGAUCACCCGCUGGCUGCGCCCCCUUCCUCGCAGGCGGCGGCAGCCGAGACCGAGCCGCGCGGACCAGGCUUCUGGGACGCGUUCGCCAGCAGGUGGCAGCAGCAGCAGCAGGCGGCGGCGUCCAUGCUGCGCGGCGUGGAUACCACCGCGGAGCGGGACCCGGAGCCCCAGGACAAGCCUGCGGAGGAGACCACCGAGUGCUCCGAGACACGGGAGGCGGAUCCUGCGGCAGGCUUCAAGUGGGGUUUCCUUACCCACAAACUGGCAGAGAUGAGGGUGAAGGCCGCGCCCAAGGGCGACUAGCCGGAAGCCGGCCAGCCUCGCUGGCGCUCAUCCUUCCCUACCUCCCAUAAAAUCUCCCGUAUCGACA